CGGUUUGUGAGCGUAGCGUACCUUGUGAGAAGUCAGCACGCCAUUGUAUGAAUUCGCUUUAUUUAAGCAGUUUUAAAACGAUACUUUUAACUUAUCUGAGUUUAACGACCAGUCGUAGAACUCAAGAGCUUUAAGAGUUUUUAAGUAGAAGUAUUUUAAUUAAGAUUCACGGACAUGGCUACGGAUUCCUGGGCUCAGGCUGUGGAUCAACAAGAAGCCGCAGCUGAGUCGAUAAGCACCCUUCAAUUAAAUGAAAAGGAAGAAAAACCAAAAGCAGAGGAAAAUGGAGCCAAGGCUGAAGGAGAGAAGACUGAGGAUGAAGAAAAAGAGGACAAAGCGGCUCAGUCAUUGUUAAACAAAUUGAUACGAAGCAACUUGGUGAACACCACCAACCAAGUGGAAGUUCUUCAGAGGGAUCCGAACUCUCCGCUUUACUCGGUCAAGUCUUUCGAGGAGCUGCGAUUAAAGCCUCAGCUGCUUAAAGGUGUUUAUGCCAUGGGCUUCAACAGACCAUCCAAAAUCCAGGAAAAUGCCUUGCCCAUGAUGCUCGCAGAACCGCCACAAAAUCUUAUUGCCCAGUCUCAGUCCGGUACGGGUAAAACUGCUGCCUUCGUCUUGGCCAUGCUUAGUCACGUGGAUCCCAACCACAGAUGGCCUCAGUGUCUGUGUGUGUCGCCUACAUACGAGCUCGCCCUCCAGACGGGCAAGGUCAUCGAGCAGAUGGGCCAAUAUUACCCUGAAGUCCAGCUGGUGUAUGCAAUCCGAGGAAACAAACUGGAGAGAGGGGUGAAGCUCCAGGAACAGAUUGUGAUCGGCACCCCUGGCACGGUCCUAGACUGGUGCCAAAAGCUCAAGUUCAUCGACCCAAAGAAAAUCAAAGUGUUUGUUUUGGAUGAGGCAGAUGUCAUGAUCGCUACACAGGGUCACCAAGACCAAAGCAUUCGCAUCCAGAGGAUGUUGCCCAAAUCCUGCCAGAUGCUCCUGUUCUCGGCCACGUUCGAGGAGACGGUGUGGAACUUUGCCAAGCGAAUCAUCCCCGACCCAAACGUCAUCAAACUAAAGAGGGAAGAGGAGACGCUGGACACCAUUAAGCAGUAUUACGUCAUGUGUAACAGCAGGGAGGAGAAGUUCCAAGCCCUGUGUAACAUCUAUGGUGCCAUCACUAUCGCACAGGCCAUGAUCUUCUGUCAUACUAGGAAAACAGCAGGCUGGCUAGCAGGAGAGUUGUCAAGGGAGGGCCAUCAGGUGGCGCUACUCAGCGGCGAGAUGCAGGUAGAACAGAGAGCAGCUGUUAUCGAGCGUUUCCGCAACGGCAAAGAGAAAGUCCUGGUCACUACGAACGUCUGUGCCAGAGGUAUCGAUGUGGAGCAGGUUUCUGUGGUUAUUAAUUUCGACUUGCCUGUGGACAAGGACGGAAACCCAGACAAUGAGACGUACCUGCACCGGAUCGGCCGCACGGGGAGGUUUGGCAAGAGAGGGCUGGCGAUCAACAUGGUGGACAGCAGGUUUAGCAUGAACAUUCUCAACCGCAUUCAGGAGCACUUCAACAAGAAAAUCGAAAAACUGGACACAGAUGAUUUGGAUGAAAUCGAGAAAAUCGCAAACUAGGCGGUUCGUCAGCAGCGGUUUUAUUCCUCAGGCUGGGAGUACAACUAUGCCAUGGAAGAUAUUUAUAAAGGAUGUGGAAAUGUUAUUUUAGAUUUUCUCUUUAUAGGUUUUAACAUUUACCGCAGUUUCACUCUUUGUACUUCUUAAUAAAAUCUGAAUGUUUUAGUUUUU